AUGCCUAAUCUAAAAUGGAGAUUAUUUACUAUGGGUAAACUAUCAAGCUUCAAUAAUAUGCGAAUUAAACAACGCUAUACAAUACAUCCAUCAUUGACAUUAAACAAUUUGACAGCUUCUUGUUCAAGGGCAUCAAUGAAAUUUAAAGAUUACAUGAUCAGUAAUUUUAAGAGAACAUCGCUUAAACAGGUAAUACAAUCAAUGAAGAAUAUUUCAAUACAAAGUAAACACUUUAAGACUUACCAUUAUUCAGUUAAGCGGCAAUUUAAAGAUGAAUCUGAUUUAUGCAAUUACAAAACAUCUACUACGUAUACAGCAUUAGAGACAACAUCAGUAGAAGUACCAUUUAAUAAAGAUGUAAGAAAAACUACGCGAUUAUGGAUACGCUUACAGAUUCUAUGA